GGCUAUACUUGACCAGCCAAUCAUCGCAUUUGUCAUAGAACGGACAUUACGUUCCAACAUGGCGGCCAAUUGUAUCGAGCUACCGCGAAGCUAAACGUUCAAUUGUCAAAGCAAAGCCAGCUAAUGAGAUUUGGAUAUCGUAUUUGGUAUUACGGAGCUUUGGGUUCAGUAAAAUGCCUUGUUGGAUGCGCGACAUUUCAGUUUGGGUAAAAAACGUACUUCAGUUUAACGUUAACGUUAGCUAGUUAACAUGAUAGCCUUUGAGCUAGGUUAGCUAACGCUAGCAUAGAAGCUCUCAAAUUAAGAUCCUUGAAGCAAUGUUGGGGUUUCUGACAGCAAGGCAGGCUGGUCUGGAUGACCCUCUGCGACUGAGACGUGCUGAGUCAACGAGAAGGGUCCUGAGUCUGAAGUUAAAUCCUGACAGAGACGUGGAUAGAAUCCAUGGAAAUGGAAUCAACACCAUUGACAUUGAAGCAAUAGAGGGCAGAUACAUGUUGUCUGGCGGAGCAGAUGGGGUGAUCGUCGUCUAUGACCUGGAGAACUACAGUGGGCAGCUACAGUACACCUGCAAGGCAGUUUGCACAGUAGGCAGGUCGAGUAAGUAUGUCCACAAAUUCAGCGUAGAGACAGUCCAGUGGUAUCCCUAUGACACGGGCAUGUUUGUCUCCAGUUCCUUUGACAAGACCAUGAAAGUGUGGGACACUGAGACACUGAAGCCUGCUGAAGUCUUUCAGUUUGAGGGCAAUGUCUACAGCCACCACCUGUCCCCCAUCGCCAGGAAGCACAGUCUUAUCGCAGUUGGCACCAAAGAACCUAAAAUCCAGCUGUGUGACCUGAAGUCUGGUUCACGGAUUCAUGUUCUUCAGGGUCACAGAGCAGAGGUCCUGUCUGUGCGGUGGUCGCCCAGAUACGAGCACAUCUUAGCCACUGCCAGUGCAGACAGCAAAGUGAAAGUAUGGGAUGUGCGUCGGGCUUCUGGUUGUCUCUUUACUUUGGAUCAGCACAAUGGAGACAAGUCAAAAGCGUCCUCUGAGGCAGUGAACACAGCUCAUGAUGGCAGAGUGAAUGGCCUGUGCUUUACUGGCGACGGCCUCUACCUCCUCACCACUGGAACUGAUGACCGUAUGCGACUAUGGAAUAGUGCCACUGGGGAAAACACACUGGUAAAUUACGGGAAGGUCUGCAACGAGAGUCGUAAAAGACUACAGUUCACAGUGUCACGUGGCUGCAGCCCAGAGUUUGUUUUUGUGCCAUGCGGCAGCUCCGUAGCUGUGUAUGGCCUCCAUACGGGAGAGUUGGUCACUAUGCUCAGGGGUCACUACAACAAUGUCGACUGCUGCGAGUUCCACCCAGACUACCAGGAGCUGUAUAGUGGAGGUAAAGACUGUAAUAUCCUGGCGUGGGUUCCUGUCAUUCGUGCCUCAGAUGUGGAAGAAGAGACAAAAAGUGCAAAUCAGGCUGCUGCUGCGUCCCAGUCUUCAGUCAACUCUGCCUUUCAGGAUGCAUGGAGCAGCGAUGAAGAUUAAUGCUGGUGUUUUGUAUGUGUGGACAAAGUGGACAUGCAUAGUGUCUGACCAUGCAAAUGAGCAAACUUUUAUUAACUUGUCAAAUAAAUGACAGGUCCAGGGACACCUGGGAAGAUGAUUAUAGGUUUAGGGAAGUUUCUCCCUUUUUAUCGUUUCAGACAAAGAUACAGUAAAAGCCUCAAAAUUUCAAUGAAAUGUGUAAAUAAUUGUACAAUUUUGUGAAUGUGCACAAUGUUAUAAAUACAGUUUGCUUUUGUACAUUUGAUAUAGCAUUGUCUUUUUAUUUUAUUUUAUGUAAACCCAACAUAGUCCUUGGUAUGCAUAGCAAGCUUUAUGUUGCUAAAAUCCUCUUAACCUGUUCCAAACCAAUUUUGUAUUUUCACUAAUUCAUUGUAGUCAUGGGGGAUAUCUACCAUUGUUUCUGCAAAUUAUAUUGUGUUGAUAUUUUAAAGAUGUGGAGGUUUUGAAAUGAGCAGAACCCAUCUUUACUGGGAUUUCACAGCACACCUGUUAUGAUGCUUAUACUAUAUUAGGAUGAUACAUUUUGUAAUGUGUGUGUAUAUAUAUAUAUAUAUUACAGUUUUUGUUAAAGGGACAUUAUAGAGCGCAGAGAGAGACCUUUGUAAGCUUUUUAAACAGGUGUGAUGUCAGUCUUUCAGUUUCUGCAGCUGAGUUAAGAAGAGACACCCAUAAUCCACCAAUGGGAGUAACCAGGCAUUCAGAAACACCCGAUUGUGACAGCCCUCGUUUUCAUUCCUGGCAAAAUUAGCAUUUGUUUGUAAGGUCUGCUGUCUAACCUUGUUGAAACUAGAAGCGAUAAGUGAUGGAGAAACGAUUCUCUCUGUCCCACCCCUCUCAUAGUUUUACAUAUUGUUUUGGUUACCAUGUGGAAACCUGGAACCCCCUCCCACACUAUUUAUAUCCAGGAUACAGUUUCUGUCUCUAUCAUCAUAUCAUAUGCCAGUCUAUUGUUCCCCCAAAUUACCUGAAGUGUCUUGAAAUGUACAGUUUUAAACUUGUAUGUCUUAUAAUAAAAGCAAUAGGAUUGCUACCUCA